AUGUCGAUUUGUGGAAGUGUAACAAAUGACUGGCGUUUAUUACUAUGUAAUAAAGUAGUUUUCAUAACAGGUGGUGCGGGUUGGAUUGCUCGUCAUAUUGCAAAGACAUGUUACGAACACGGAUCACGUCUUGUCUUAGCUGAUACAAAACUAGAGACCAUUCUACGAGUUAAAAAUGAAAUCUUUCCUUCUGAAAACACUGAUGAACGAAUUCUUCCUAUCGAAUUGGACGUUCUCAAUGAAGAAUCAAUUCAAACAGCAGUUAAAUCAACAUUAAACAAAUGGAAUACCAUUGAUAUUCUUAUCAAUACAGCAGCAAUAUUCACGCUCGGUUUUGUCGAAAAUCUUUCACCGGAUGACUGGUCAAAUAUACUCAACGUUAAUGUGCGUGGUUAUGCUUUGAUGGUUAAACACAUCGCCCCCGUUCUAAAAACGCAACGCCAUGGUUCCAUUGUAAAUAUUUCCAGCUGUGCUGGUAUUGUUGCACAUUCGACUUUUCUGCCGUAUUCAACAUCUAAAGGUGCAAUUAACCAGUUAACACGAAAUCUUGCGCUAGAUUUAGGUUUAUAUAAUAUUCGAGUUAAUUCAAUUAGUCCCGGUGCUAUUGAUUCACCCGUUUUAUACGAAUCAGCGGCGAAAGGUGGCGUGACCAAAGAAGAAUUUGAUAAAGAACAUGGAGGAAAAUGUUUGAAACGAUUAGGUCAUCCUCAAGAAAUUGCCAAUAUGACGGUUUUUCUCGCUUCUGAUUUAUCUUCUUUUAUCACGGGAACAAAUAUUGUUGUUGAUGGAGGAUAUACAAUUGUUUAA